AUGGAACAGCCACAGGUCUCAGACCAGCCCGAGGCCGCCUCCUCAGGCGCCGCCUACGAGGCCACCCACGUCCACGCCGUGUACGAGGCCAUCGCGCCUCACUUCUCUGCCACCCGCCACAAGCCCUGGCCCCGCGUCGCCUCCUUCCUCAACGCCCAGCCCCCGGGCUCAGUCGGCCUCGACGUCGGCUGCGGCAACGGCAAGUAUCUCCCCGUCAACCCCCGCCUGCACCUCCUCGGCUCCGACCGCAGCGCUGCCCUCGUCGACCUCGCCCGCGGGCAGCCCGUCGGCCCUGGGGUUGGCAGGGCAGAGGUCCUCGUCGCCGACGGCCUGGCGCUCCCCUACCGCCGGGGGGCCGCCGACUUCGCCAUCUGCAUCGCCGUCAUCCACCACCUCAGCACCCCGCAGAGGCGCCGCGACAGCAUCGCCGCCCUGCUCGAGAGGGUGCGCGAGGGGGGAACCGUCCUCGUCUACGUCUGGGCCCUCGAGCAGGCCAGCAGCCGCCGCGGCUGGGACGAGAACAGCCAGCAGGACACGCUCGUCCCCUGGGUCAUGAAGGGCCCCAGGGGCGACCCCAACGGCAAGGACACCACCUACCAGAGGUACUACCACCUGUACCGCGAGGGCGAGCUCGAGGAGGACGUGCUGGCCGCCGGGGGCGCGGUCCUGGAGGCGGGCUACGAGAGGGACAACUGGUGGGUCGUAUGUAGCAAGCAGCAGCAGCCUGGCGAUCCCUGA